UGUAUGAAUGGGCUCAACCGGCAAAUAGAGCCUUUCAAUUUUCAUGUCCGCAGCCCACCAUACCCAGUCGGUUCCUUGCGUGAUAAAAUUGUGAAAGUGAAGAAUCCUCUCUCACUUCAGAAGAACAUGGCCGCCAUUCCUCUCCUCCGCCUUUCAGCCACAGCUAAUCUCAGCUCCCGGUCACCUCUCUUAUCUGAUCCCUUCAAACUCAAACGGUUGCCAUCACGAAAAUGGAGCACCACCACAACCACAACUACCAUCACCCGAAUGUCCUACAACCCAACCCCAGCCACUGAUCGGUUAAUCUCAGCCGUGGCUUACACUCUCCCCUUCUUCAAUUCCCUCCAGUAUGGCCGUUUCCUCUUUCUCCAAUACCCAACUCUGGGCUCCCUCUUCGACCCUCUCCUCCCUCUCCUCUCCCUCUAUAGGUCUAUCCCCUACUCCUCCUUUGUAGCCUUCUUUGCUCUGUACCUCGGCGUGGUCAGGAACCCGUCUUUUAGCCGCUACGUCAGGUUCAACUCCAUGCAGGCCGUCACUCUGGACGUGCUUCUCGUGCUUCCCUUGUUGCUCCAAAGGGUCUUCAGCCCGGGCAGGACCGGGCUCGGCUUCAAGGUCACGGUCUGGUUCUACAACGUUCUGUUUGUGUUCAGUGUAAUGUGUUUUCUAUAUAGUGUGGUGUGUUGUGUUCUCGGCAAGACUCCCUACUUGCCAUUCGUUGCCGAUGCUGCCGGUAGACAGAUCUAGGUGAGGGUAGUGCUAAUUGCCGUUUCUGUAUUUCUUCUUGUUCUUGCUCUUUUCUUUCUUUCCUUCUUUCUUUUAUUUUUGCAAUGUUAGGUCCUGUGAAGGAGUGGAACAAAUGUUGACCAUUUCUCUUAACAGUUGGUGUGCGUUUUAUCAAACUUGUUAUCUGCGUUGUGUUUAUAUUAGGUAAGGAAAUCUUGGUGCGCCCUUUA